UCAAAGUAAAUUAAGAGUUCUGUCGUCGAUUAAGAACUUGCGACGCAGUAUACUGCAGCGAUUUGCAAUUUCGAAAACAGAAGCGAAGAUGCGGUUAAAUCUUCUGGCCACCGUUUCGGCUAAUUUUAAGUUUCAACGUGUAAAUCAGUUUGACAACGUCAGGCGGUAUUCUGCUGUUGUGAACAGUGCGGCACCCUUUGUGAAGAGGACCGGGUCCAAUCACGAUGUUGCACUCGUAAGUUUAGUUUCCCGAAGUUCAAAGGUGCUUAAAAGGAGCUCGCUACAAGAGCUCGCUGAAACUCUAGCCGACCUCCAAAACGACAAAACAGUGGGAGCAAUUAUACUGACAGGUACCGAAGAUGGUUUUUGUGCAGGAACGAACUUCGACGUAAACACUUCCGCUGAAUCUAUUGACUUGCUGGAAGAUCGCCUAAGAAGUAUAUCUAAACCAGUCAUUGCUGCAGUGAAUGGUUAUGCCUUUAAUUUCGGAUUCGAACUUGCCAUGAUGUGCGAUUUUAUCUACGCCGAGGAAGGGGCUAAAUUCGCCUUGAAAUACAUUUCGAUGGGUACCAUUCCUCGCUCCGGUGGAUCUCAAAGGUUGCCCCGAACGAUUGGAAAGUCCAAAGCUAUGGAGUUGAUCCUUACAGGUUGUGAAAUAUCUACAACUGAAGCGCAACGUAUCGGCAUAGUGCGCAAAGUGUUUUCUGGAUCCAAGCAGUUGUUGGAAGAGUCUGUCAAAACGGGGGCCAAACUGGCGACGUACUCCCAACUAAUCUCGCAAAUUUCGAAGGAAUGCGUAAACACCGCGCUCGAAUCUACUUUAAGGGAAGGAAUCCGAUUCGAGAAGCUAAUGGCCAACGCAACUUUCGCCACCGACGACUGGAAGGAAGGAGCUGCCGCUUUUAUGCAAAAGAGGCCGCCAAUUUUUAAACAUCAGUGAACAAGGGCGGUUCACUCCAACACGGUGUUUAAAAAAGGCGAUUCUGCAUUCAACCAGUUUGAAAACCAGUAUCACUUAUUAAUUAAAAAUUUAAACAAUGGAAGUUUAGAUAAAAAUAAUAUUAUUAUUAUUAAUAAUAUUAAUAAUAAUAUUAAUACCACAUAAUAAUAAUAAUCACCAGUAUU